CUCCUCUCUGUUUUCUGUCCACAGUCAGUUUGAUGGGCAAGAUUGAGAGGAAGGUGCCGGUGGGGCAGAAGCAGGCAGAGGUGAAGAAGGAGAGGAAGGUGGUGAGGAAGCUGUUCCCCAACUCGUACCUGUUCAGUAAGUGGGGGCACGAGCUGUCAGAGGAGGAGCAGAGGGAGGCGGAGAAACUGUUCAAGAGGUACGGAUACAACGCCUUCCUCAGUGACCGACUCCCCCUCAACAGAGAGAUCCCUGACACCAGGCCCCACAGGUGUGCUGAGAAGAAGUACCCAGCGGAUCUGCCCACCAUCAGCGUGGUGCUAAUCUACCUGGAUGAGGCUCUGUCUGUCAUCAAAAGAGCGAUCCGCAGCAUCAUCGACAAGACCCCGGCUCCUCUCCUGAAAGAAAUCAUACUGGUGGACGACAACAGCAGUAACG